GGGUUAGCCAUUUUACACGUCUCGGAAGAUGACGGAUGUUGACGAGCGACUUGAUGAUAUUCUUGAGAAAGUUCUAGAAGAGUCCGGGGGGUUGGGGAAGCUUCAAUGGCUGCUGAUCUUCGUCAUUGUCGGAAGUAAACUCGCAAUCACAUGGAGCAUGUUCAUGAUGACGUUUGCCGGAAGUACACCUGACUGGUGGUGCGUUUCGCAGAAUGGAACUUCCGGUUUGAAUGACAGUAGAAUAGAAUCACUCAGAUCCUGCAGCCCCCCUCUCAACACUUCCGGUGGAGACUCCUGUUUAUCAAUACGCUUUAGCAAUGAGAAAAAUACAAUUGUAAAUGAAUGGUCCCUGAUUUGUGAGGAGGAAUGGAUAACCUCUAUCGUCACCACUAUGCAGUUUGUGGGACUUCUGACCAGUGGCUUUAUCGCGGGUCAAGUCGCUGACCUGAUUGGUCGUAAGCCCACCUUACUCCUGUCUCUCACCCUCCUCGCCUCCAGUAACCUCGUCUGUGGAUUCUCCACCUCUUGGGAGAUGUUUGCCUUUGCGCGGUUCAUGAUUGGAUUAGCCUGUGGGAUGUACCUGACGGUGUUCUUUAACUUUGUGUUGGAGUUUAUUCCCACUAAAUACCGAGCGAUGAUAAUGGCGAUCGACACAUGGCCUGUCAAUGCAGCAUUAUUUGGUCUUGUUUCCUUCUGGUUAAAAGACUGGCAGUAUCUACAUUUUGCAACCUUUUUGAUAACUAUUCCAUUCCUUUUAGGCACAAUUAUGGUUCCUGAGAGCUUCAGAUGGCUGGUUUCCCACUUCAAAACGGAAAAAGCUGAAAAAGUCAUAGAAAGAAUUGCUUUCAUUAACGGUAAAGAGAAACCGGAUGUGACGAAAUUGAUUGCAGUAACCCAGAAAGAGGCUGAAGCGGAGGAAAAGAAGAGUUAUUCUAUUUUAGAUAUAUUUAGAGACGCCAAACUGACAAAGCAUUCAUUCUUGCUUUGGUUUAUAUGGCUUUCUAGCGGCUAUUCUUACUAUGCCAUUUCAUUUGGUGUGGAAGAACUUUCGGGAGACCUCUACCUUAAUAUAAUCCUCCUAAGUGCAGUGGAAAUCCCGGCACAAGUAGUCACUUGGUACUUUAAUAACUGUAUUGGCAGACGCUGGACGUGCUUUGUGUUUUAUAUGAUCGCCGCUGGUGGUGGAUUAGCAGUCGGGAUCGUGCAGAUAUUUGAUCCUGUAAACAGCCGUGUCGUCAUUAACGUGUGUGCUAUGGUGGCUAAGUUGGGAGUGGCGGCAGCGUGGGCCGCCGUCAAGACGUUUACCACGGAGACAUAUCCCACGGUCGUCAGAAACAUUGGAUACGGUUGCGCAAACUCCAUUUCCGGUGUUGGCGCUAUGGUGGCUCCUCAGAUUGUUCAAAUGAGUAAAUCAUUUCCGGGUAUGAUGUACUUCCUGUGCGGUACACUGACGUUUUUGUCCGCCAUAUCUGCGGUUCUUGUUCCCGACACGAAAGGGAAAAUCAUGGAAAAUCAAAUUCGGUCAAGAAAAUCGGAAAUCUUUACAAUAUCCGUUGAGGCAGAUUGUGUGUCAGACUGAAACAUCGCAGCAGUAUAUUCCAGCGGGAGAAGUCAUUAUUUACCAACAUAUUUCGCGCGAAGGAGUCA